AUGCAGCAGCCCUGUGCAUGCGUGGCAUCAAGGCGAUGCCGGGCCUCGCGCGGCGCUCAGGAAGCGUUAUUGGAAGAGGCCAAGAGUGCUUUGGAGAAGAGCCGCGAGCAAGACGUGGCUCGCGAGGAAGAGGCGGCCGCGCAGGUGAAUCCGGUGGCUCAGGAGCUUGCAGAUCGAGCAGUGAGCUUAGUGCAGGCCUACGACACGGCACAGAACCUCGAGGAUCUCAGGCGAGCGGUGAAGCUCUUCCAAGCGAGCCUUGAAGAGGAUCCCGAGAACGAAACGGCCCUCAUUUGCCUGGGUGAGAUCCUCGACUCAGGCAUGGGAGACAUCCCCAAGGAUCAAAAUGCGGCCAAGAAGCUUUGGCUGCAGGCUGUGAAGGCGGGCAGCCAGCGGGCACAAGUGAAGCUCUGUCUACAGGGCCUGGAUUUGUUUGCUCAGGCGGCACGCAAAGCGGCCACGGUGAGGCUGCAACGAGGAGAGUCUGUCCGCUUGCGGCGGCCCCAUGAAGUUCAGUCCGUCCGUGGCAAGCGGCUCCGAAUCGAGGUUGCCGGUCUGACUGGUGCCAUCGGUCUGACGGAAUCGGAGUUCAAAAGGAUGCGCACGAACGCCAUUGGGGCUGGAUCCCUGGAAGAUUUGGAGUUGGAGGACUUGGAGAGGCCCAGUGCAGCCAAGCCCAGCACUUUUGACUCGGGGCUCCCACGGAUACCAAUGGGAGGGGAUGACCCACGAGAAGUACAGUCGCCUGCCGAGCGCAUCAUCAGCCGAGCAGCCUACACGGCGCGAAGCUUGGUCCGUUUGCUGGGAAUUGGUCUGAUGGUCACAGUUCUGGUGAUUGCAGUCAUGAACUGGCCACCCUGGGUCAUUGAGAGCUCGGAUACCAGAGUGCAGGUGAUGUCGGUGCUCUUUGCAGCGGGCCUGUUCAUCGUGGCCGUCGAGGAUAUCGUUGGCAUCAACAAGUCAGCGAUGAUGAUGGUGCUUGCCUCAGUGAUGUGGACCUUCCUGGCCGUGGGGUAUCAUCCCAACAACUCCAAGGCGGGAUAUAUGCAGCUUCAUGAAGAGCUCAACCGAGGUCUUCAAGAAGUGGGAAGCGUGUUGCUGUUCCUCUUACCUGCCAUGGGUGUGGUGGAAUCCAUCGACCACUUCGACGGCUUCGCGCUGGUGAAUAUGGCCAUCCGCCGAGCCAUCGAAGGACGCAAGGAGCGCCUGAUGCCCAUCAUUUGCAUCCUGACUUUCUUCCUCAGUUCAAUCAUUGACAACCUCACCUCCACGAUUGUGGCCAUCAAGAUCUUGCGGCGCUUGGCUCCGGACAAGGAGUACCGACAGCUUUGUGGCGGCAUGAGCGUCAUCGCCGCGAACGCGGGGGGCGCUUGGAGUCCCAUCGGGGACGUGACCACCACCAUGCUGUGGAUCCAGGACCGCAUCUCAGCGGUGAAAACGGUGCUUUGGCUCUUCAUACCGUCCUUGGUUGCGGGCGUGUUGCCCCUUUGGUUCUUGAGGUGCAUUGCAAGACGCCUGGACUUGGAAUCCGAGUCCCAAAGGCACAAGGCCAAGGAUAAGAAGGGACCCGGCUGGGAGAAGGAGCCCUUGAAAGAUGACAUCGAUGAAGAGGAGCGAGAGCCCAUCACGCGGAAGAAGGUGGUCGCGCUGAUCUUGGGGGUUUUUUGUAUCCUCAUGGUGCCGGGCCUGAAGAUGGGCUGUGGAUUGCCCCCGUACCUGGGAAUGCUCUUAGCAUUGGGCCUUAUGUGGCUCCUGACGGAUGUCUUGCACAUGCAGGGCACCGAAGAGGAGACGGAGGAGGACUGUGAAGACCACGGUCCUCCUCAACACGGGGUGGUGAGCGCCAUGAAGAAGGUGGACCUCGCCGGGCUCCUCUUCUUCACCGGAGUGCUGCUAGCCAUCGGCGCGUUGGAUGCGGCGGGCGUCCUCACACAGUACGCCACCUGGAUCAACGAGCUUUGCAAGCACAGCGCCGUGAGGCUUUCGCUCCUCUUGGGCUUGUCUUCUGCCAUUGUGGACAAUGUGCCAUUGGUGGAGGCAUCCAUCGACAUGUUCCGUGAGACGCCCACGGACGACCCCUUGUGGCAGCUGGUGGCCCUGUCUGCGGGCACCGGCGGGUCCAUCCUGGCGAUUGGCAGCAUCGCCGGGGUCACGCUCAUGAGCAUGGAGCACGUGGGCUUCCUUUGGUACUUCCGGAAUGUGGGCCUUUGGGCGGGCGUGGGCUACUUCUGCAGCGUGGGCGUGUAUCAAUUGCAGCGCUUGGUCUUCGGCAUGAGCUGAGUGCAGGUCAGCUCACUGGAGAAGGAUGCUGAGCCAGGAACUGGAAGUCAUGCGGCUGCACAGCUGCUGGCAAAAUGCCCUCCAUGGAAACCUCGUCUCAAACGAAGAAAUGGUGCGAAG